UGUUGACGUAGGCGAACCAGCGGCAUGUGAAACGUGGGCAGCUGUCAACGACGGACCGGUGGAAGAUUUUCUGUCUGUUUUCUUCCAAAUUAAAAUCCACUAGACAUUUCCUGUGACAAGUUUACCUAUUUCGCCAGAAAUUGUCUAGGCCCUACUUAUCGACUCUGACGAUAACUGAGUGAUGGCCUGGCGGUGUGUAGUCAACCCGUCGGCAGUCACCAUGAUGGUUGAGAUAUUGAUGCGUAUUGCGCUCUCUGCUAUAUUUCUGGUUACGGAGGAGAUGGAACCAUUUCAUCGCGUCAUUCAGCCAGAAGAGAUGUGGUUGUACAGGAAUCCAGUCACAAAUAGCUACACAACAACACGCACACUUUUUACGAUCAUUUCCGUUGUGCCAGCUGUAGUCAUCACAAUGUUUGCGAUUUUCAAACCAGAUAAAAAGGACACACAGCAGGCUAUUUUAGCUGUUACGUUAGCCCUGGCUCUGAAUGGCGUGGUCACUAAUUCUAUCAAAUUAACUGUUGGACGGCCGAGACCAGACUUUUUCUGGCGUUGUUUCCCCGACGGUAAGAACACCCUUGACAUGAAGUGCACUGGCAAACCUGACGUCAUCACAGAAGGAAGGAAAAGUUUCCCGAGUGGUCACUCCUCCUUUGCCUUUGCGGGACUGGGUUUCACGGCCCUUUACCUCGCUGGCAAGCUCCGUUGCUUCGAGUCCCAGGGACGAGGGAGCUCCUGGAGGUUGUGCCUGGCCGGGACGCCGAUGCUGGCAGCCACGCUGAUCGCCUUGUCAAGAACGGCCGACUACCACCAUCACUGGCAAGAUGUUCUGAUUGGCUCUCUGCUCGGUUUUAGCGUCGCGUUUAUGUGCUACCGUCAGCACUAUCCGCCCAUUGCCCACGCCAACUGCGACAGGUGCUAUGCGUCCCUGACGCCUUACGCGCCUCUUCCGCCGUUCGCCGACUCACCACAAUCCGAGUACGAACUCAAUGGGGUUAUAUCCACGGCACCCAGAAAUCCAGACGCAUCGGUAAAGCAAGUCUGACAUUAGGUAUGACAGCUAAACAUCAGUACAAAUAUUAACCAAAAAACUCAAGGCAAAGGCUCUGAAUCAGAUCACUUUGAUUCAGUUUAUUAGGUGAAGAGUCCGUUUCGCUGCACAGUGCCAAAUUACAAAUUGACUUACUUAAAAACCUUAGCCUUAAUCAUGCCAAAUUCAACAAGAUUACAUUUACUAAUUUGUUAUGGUGAAAGUACAAACUUAAAUGCGGCCUGAAUACUGUUAAAUAUUACUCUAAACUUGAAGUAGGAUUUAACGUCUUUAAAAGAUGCACUUUUUGUGCUAUUUUACAAGUUUCACCCCCCCCCCCCCAGUUCCUGCCCCUUAAAAUUCAUUAUGGUAAAAGUACAAAUCUAAAUGCAGCCUGAAUACUGUGAAAUAUUGAUCUUAACUUCAGGUAGGUAAUUCUAACUAUACACAAGUUAUGCACUAUUGAAUGAGACAUUGACCAACAAAAAGUGUGUUUUUUCACGUAAUUAUGGAGUAAAUAGUUUGAAUUACAUUGGGGCCAGACAUUAAUUGUGUUUUCAUAGAUAUACUGGUUCCCACUUCUUUUAGAAAUGAUAAUGAAGGGAUCGGGAACCAGUUUAUUCACAGGGUGGAUCUGAUUGUGUGCAAUGGAAACCCCAAAUAAACAGCAUUUUUUUAUCAGUGGGUUACAGACGCCGAUUAUAGAACAAAAAUUGUUAAGAACCCUAACUAGCCCAACCCUUCAAAAUCCAACUGCAUGUUUUGUUGAAAUCUGUUGGAGUGAGUACUACACUAGUACAUGUAAACUGGUUAAGCUCUCAGCUGCAGGGAGAGCAAACAGUCCAUUUUUAGAUAGUUAUUUAUGGUAACACCAUAACAGCUAACCAAACAGCCCACUGUCCGUGCUGUAUUUUAUUGUGAGCAUAAAUAGGGAGGAACAGUAUCGUAAAUUGGCUCCCUAAAAGUACCCUGUGUAUGCACUGUUCUCAAUGACACAUACUGUACAACUUAAGUUUGGUCAAGGUUUGUGCAUGAUCAUCUGAUACCAUAGUUUGCCGGGCCUCAAUGGAAACCAGUUUUGAACUGUUU